AUGGAUAUUCAGUUUACUCCCAUAGGGAAAAGAAGGGCAGAAGGAUUUCAAGUCUUACACAAAUACCCAUCAGAAGAAGAAUUCAACUAUCAAAGAAAUUUAAUUAAUGCUUUAAAAGAUACAACAAAUAUAUAUCUGGAUAAUGAUAAUGAUGAUAGUACAAAAGAAUUUAUAAAUGAUUAUAUACCUAAGAAAAGUAAUAGAAGUCCACUUAGACGAGUGAAUAUUCAGAAUACUGGUUUUGGUGUAAAAGAACUGGAAGAAAGAAUUCAUCGAUUAGAAUCAGAAGCAUUAGAUUGGAAAUUAAAAUUUAAAGAAUUAUUUAAAUCAUUAGAAUUAAUGAAUGGAGAUAGAGAUUUAAUUGUUGAAAAUGCUGAUCUUAAAAAACAAAUUAUAUUAUUGGAGCAAAAAAUACGACAAAAUUCUUCAAAAGAAAAAAAUCAUUUACAAGAAAGUUUACAAAAGGAAUUGGAAGAAAAGGAAGAAAUUAUUGAAAAACUUAAGCAUGAUACUGAGACUCAAUUAGCUGAUAUUCAUGCUUCAAUAGAGCAAACUGAACAGGACAAGCAAAAUCAGUUAGCUGAUAUUCAUGCUCUUUUAGAACAAUCGGAAUUGGAUAAGGAGAAAUUAAAAGAAUUGCAAUUGGAAUUAGAGCAAAGGAAUCAAAAUUUGAGCGAUGAUGAUGUUAAACGUUUGGAAAAACAGUUAAAGAAGGAGAGAGAAAACGUUGAUGAGUUGGAAAGAUAUGUACAAGAGCUUCAACAAAGUAAAAAUGAAUUAAUUCGUAAUGAUGAAAAAACUAUCAAUCAAUUAAAUAAAACAAUAGAAGAAUUGAAAAAUCAAAGAUCAUCUACGGAGAGUAAUAGAAUUAAAGAGAUGAGUAGACAAUCAGAAAUUGAUAAGUCCAGGAUUAGAGAGCUUGAGAGAUCAGUUCAAGAUCUAGAACGUCAAAUAAGGUCACUGAUGAAAGAUUUGCAAAAUAGUAGUAGUUCUACUAAAGAACUUGAACGUCAGCUUUCACAAAAGAAUUCUCAAAUUAACGACUUGAAAUCUCAAUUAUCAUCAGUCAAGAACCAACUUGAAUCUUUAAGAACAGCCGAAGAUUUCAACACGAAUCAAAAAAUUAGACGUUUAAACCAAGAAUUAAGUAAUGAAAAAGAUACAGUGAACAAAUUGAAUCAAAAAUUACAAAUGAUUCAUGAAGAAGAGCAGAAAAAUCAUCAUUCAAAACAUCAAAGAGAUAAAUUAGUUGAAGAGCAAAAACAAGUCAUCAAUGAAUUACAAUCAGAUUUGAAAUUAGAAAUACAACAUUCCGAUGAAUUAAAAGCCAAAAUAGAUGAUUUAGUAACAAAAAGAUUAAACAAUGACAAUUUAGAGAGACACAUUAUUUCCCUUGAAACUGAAAAUGAACAAUUAUUAAAAAAUCAUAAAAGAUUGGAUGAAGAAAAUGAAAAUUUAUUAGAACAGAUAAAGGAAUUAAAAACAGAUAUGAAAUCAAUAAUUUCUGAAAUUGAUGAUUCAAAAUCUCAAAUGCAAACUAAAAUAAAAAAUUUAGAAGAAUUGUGUGCUGAUUUAGAAGAAGAAAAUAAUUUGUUAAGAUCAACUAAAUCUCAACCUGGUAAUGAUACAUUAUAUGAAGAUAAUGUUGAAUUAGUUAGAAAAUUAAGAUCAAUGCAAAGAAUUUUAGCAGAACUUGGAAUAUCUGAUGAAGAAGAAUUGACUCAAUUUGAUAAAAAAUUAAGACAAGUUAUAACAGCUAUGAAAGAUAGUGUCAAAGAAAGUGAUUCAUUAGUUAAUGAAUUGAAAAGGGAUUUGAAACAUUUAGAUAAUGAAAAUAAAACAUUAAUUGAAGAAUUGAGAAUAUCUCAAGAAGAUAAUAAAUUAUUAUCAUCUGAUCUUAAAAUGGUUCAAAAUGAAAAUAAACUGUUGGAUUCUGAUUUAAAAAUUGCAAUUGAAGAUUUGAGAGGACUUAAAAAUGAAAUAAAUAAUUUACAAGAUGAUAAGUUAUUAGAUCAAAAACUUUUGAAAAAAGAUCUUGCAACAUUAGAAAGUGAAAAAAUUGAUUUAAAAAAUCAAAUUAAAUCAAUUGAAAAUGAAAAUUCAAUAUUGAAAAAGGAUUUAUUAUUCACUCAAGAACAACUUAAAAAAAUUGAACAAAAGGAAGGAGAAUCAGCCAUACAAGCAUAUCAAGAUUUCCAAUUAGAUAGAGCUCGUAAUGAUGUAAAUAAAAUAACAGAACAAUUAAAAAAAGUUAAUCUAAACCAUGAGUCAGAGUUAAUUCAAUUAAAAGAAGAACAUCUUAAAAAAGUUAAAAUUUUACAAGAUCAAUUAAAUGAAUCCAAGGAAGACUUAUUAAAAGCUAAUGAAAAUUAUAAAAUUUCAUCAAAUCAAUUAUGGAAUAUCAAGAAUAAAAUUCAUGGAAAUAAUGAUACAACAAGUAAAAUUAGAUUUUUAAGAGAUGAAAGUAAUUAUUUUAAAAUAAGAUAUAAAGAAACAGUAUUAAAAAGAAAUGAUUUUGAAUUUUUAUAUAAUUUUUUUAUAAAUCAAAUUAAAUUAAGUCCAUUUUCAAUAGAUGAUAAUUCAAAAUUUAUAAAAUUAGGAAUAUAUCCAAAUUAUACUAGAGGAGAUGUUAAAAAAACCCCACCAACUUUCAAAACUAUUGCUCAAUUUGUUCUAGCUGCUAUAAGAUUGAAAAAAAGAACUGAAAAUGUUAAAAAUAAAUUUGAACAUGUUAAUAAAAUUAAAAAUAAAUUGGAUUUUGCUAGAUCUAAAUAUAAAGAGUAUAUAAAUGUAUAA